UGCUCUGGGUAGGCCGAUGUGGGACGCGGGCACCGGGAUAAUCCGAUUCUAAUCUGCAGUUUUGGCUGCCAUCCGUAGUGCAGAAUGGGUCGUGUCAUCAGAGGACAGAGAAAGGGCGCAGGCUCCGUCUUCAGAGCCCAUGUAAAACAUAGAAAAGGAGCUGCAAAGUUGAGGGCAGUGGACUUUGCUGAACGCCAUGGUUACAUCAAGGGAAUUGUCAAGGAUAUAAUUCAUGACCCUGGCCGCGGUGCUCCUUUGGCAAAGGUAGUAUUCCGCGAUCCUUACCGGUUCAAAAGACGAACUGAACUAUUCAUUGCCGCUGAAGGUAUUCACACUGGCCAGUUUAUCUAUUGUGGCAAGAAGGCUCAGUUGAACAUUGGAAAUGUUCUCCCUGUGGGUACCAUGCCAGAAGGUACCAUUGUCUGCUGUUUGGAGGAAAAGCCAGGAGACCGUGGUAAACUUGCCCGUGCUUCUGGAAAUUACGCAACAGUCAUCUCUCACAAUCCCGAGACCAAAAAAAGCCGUGUCAAGUUGCCAUCAGGUUCCAAGAAAGUUAUUUCUUCUGCCAACAGAGCUGUUGUUGGUGUUGUUGCUGGCGGUGGUCGUAUUGAUAAACCAAUACUGAAGGCUGGUCGGGCUUAUCAUAAGUACAAGGCCAAGAGAAAUUGCUGGCCACGUGUCCGUGGUGUGGCUAUGAAUCCUGUAGAACAUCCAUUUGGUGGUGGUAACCACCAGCACAUCGGGAAGCCAUCAACCAUCAGGAGAGAUGCUCCUGCUGGGCGUAAAGUUGGUCUCAUUGCUGCUCGUCGUACUGGUAGACUGCGGGGUACCAAAACUGUCCAGGAGAAAGAGAAUUAAUGUCUUGGUGUAAUAUAUGUCCUUCUGUCACAAUAAAAAGUUUUUAAAAUUCA